AUGGUUCACUGUGCAGGCUGCAAAAGGCCGAUCUUGGACCGGUUUUUGUUGAAUGUACUGGACAGGGCUUGGCAUGUGAAGUGUGUUCAGUGCUGUGAAUGUAAAUGCAAUUUGACAGAGAAAUGCUUUUCGCGAGAAGGCAAGCUUUACUGCAAAAACGACUUCUUUCGGUGUUUCGGGACCAAGUGCGCGGGCUGUGCCCAGGGCAUCUCCCCCAGCGACCUGGUCCGCAGGGCGCGGAGCAAAGUGUUCCACUUGAACUGUUUUACGUGUAUGAUGUGUAACAAGCAACUCUCCACCGGCGAGGAGCUCUACAUCAUAGACGAGAACAAGUUUGUCUGCAAAGAAGAUUACCUAAAUAACAGCAAUACUGCCAAAGAAAACAGCCUGCAUUCAGCCACCACCGGCAGUGACCCCAGCCUGUCCCCCGACUCUCAAGACCCCUCCCAGGACGACGCCAAGGACUCGGAAAGCGCCAACGUGUCCGACAAGGAGACGGGGAGCAACGAAAACGACGACCAGAACCUGGGUGCCAAGCGGCGGGGACCCCGCACCACCAUCAAAGCCAAACAGCUAGAGACUCUGAAAGCCGCCUUCGCGGCCACCCCAAAACCCACCCGGCACAUCAGGGAGCAGCUGGCACAGGAGACCGGCCUCAACAUGCGGGUCAUCCAGGUGUGGUUCCAGAACCGGCGCUCCAAAGAGCGGCGGAUGAAGCAGCUGAGCGCGCUGGGCGCCCGGCGACACGCGUUCUUCCGCAGCCCGCGCAGGAUGCGGCCGCUCGUGGACCGGCUGGAGCCCGGCGAGCUGAUCCCCAACGGGCCCUUCUCCUUCUACGGAGAUUAUCAGAGCGAGUAUUACGGCCCUGGAAGCAAUUACGAUUUCUUCCCGCAAGGACCGCCUUCGUCUCAAGCGCAGACCCCCGUGGAUCUCCCGUUCGUGCCCUCCUCGGGGCCGUCAGGGACCCCGCUGGGGGCCAUGGACCACCCCCUGCCCGGACAUCACCCCUCGAGUGAAGCUCAGCGCUUCACUGACAUCAUGUCGCACCCCCCGGGAGACUCGCCCAGUCCCGAACCCAACCUGCCCGGGUCCUUGCACUCCAUGUCCGCAGAAGUUUUUGGCCCCAGCCCCCCAUUUUCGUCGAUAUCCGUCAACGGUGGUGCUAACUACGGCAAUCACUUGUCCCACCCUCCAGAGAUGAACGAAGCAGCUGUGUGGUAG